CUCUGGAUAUUUGCUGAAAUUUCUCAUGAGGAAAUCCAUUACUUCGAGAAUGGUCAUUCGCUGAAUAUAAAAACCAACAAGAAGUUAGCUGUGAUCGAAGAAAAUGAGUCAACAACAAUUACGGAGGUCUACGCAGAAGCGCGUUUGAAUGUGAAAGGAAUGUUGAAUAUAAUAAUACUAUCGUUGAUGCCCGGCAAUUCAAAUAUUAUAUUAUUCAUACUCCAAGCUCUCCACAUGGAAUGCUUUCUUUCAUUAGAUCAGCCGGAUGCCAAGAGUCUGAAAGAAAUUUACCAAUACAAACACAAAAAAAAUGAUUUCUUCAUUUUAUUUGCGACCUCAAUAUUGCGAUAUAAGACUUCCAAAAGGUUUGGAAUUGUAGAUG